GGGAGAGGGCGCGGCGAGGGGGCUCCGCGGCGGGCGCCCGACCUGUUUGCCGGCUCCCGGGCCGCGAGACGCUCGGAGAGAGCCCGCCCGGCUCGGGCUGGGCUGGGCGGCCGGGUGGGAGCGCGCCCCGGGUCACGCCGGGGCCCGCGAGCCAUGGACCCGAAGGCUGGCGGCGGCGGCGAGGAGGAGGACUGCGUGGACUCGGGCGCUGAGACCGGAGGGUCUGACUACAGCCACCUGUCCUCCACCAGCAGUGAGCGUUCUGUGGAAGAGGCGCAGGACCCAUUCCUGGUCAGCAUCCACAUAAUCGCAGACCCAGGGGAGUCCCAACCCCUGCAGGAGGCCAUCGACAAGGUCUUGGCGUGGAUCCACCCGGACCUGCCGCUGUUCCGCGUGUCCGAGAGGCGCGCGUGCCGGCGGCGGCGGAAGGCCCCCAAGGGCGCGCAGCCGGCGCUGGCCGUGGUGCUGUUCUUGCAGGAGGAGUACGGCGAGGAGCAGAUCCUGCAGCUGCACCGCACGCUGCAGCGGCCGCCCUGGCGCCACCACCACACGGAGCGCGUGCAGGGCCGCUUCCUGCCCUACCUGCCCUGCAGCCAGGACUUCUUCGUGCUGGCCCCCGGGACCCCGCUGUGGGCCAUCCGGCCCGUGCACUACGGCAAGGAGAUCGUGCGCUUCACCAUCUACUGCAGCCACGACAACUACGCCGACAGCCAGCGCUUCUACGAGCUGAUUCUCCGGCGGACCCCCAGCCAGAAGAAAACGGACUUCUGCAUCUUCCCCGUUUUCUCUAAUCUGGACGUGGACAUCCAGUUCUCCCUGAAAAGACUGCCCUGUGACCAGAGCCCGGUCCCCACCGACUCCUCCGUGCUGGAGUUCCGAGUAAGGGACAUCGGCGAGCUCGUGCCUCUCCUGCCCAACCCCUGCAGCCCCAUCAGUGAGGGGCGCUGGCAGACGGAGGACCACGACGGGAACAAGAUCCUUCUGCAGGCACAAAGGGUGCACAAGAAGGUUCCCAAACCCGGCAGAGCGCACCACUGCUCCGGGAAGAGACCUCAUUCCAUUCCUUCGCCGUGCGCCACUGCAGCGAGCCGGACGUCUGGCAGCAGCCACCAGCCCCCGCUCCACAGUCCACACCCGGGGCCAGGCGGGACAGGCCUGCCUCCUGGGCACCAGCAGGAAUUUGCCGGACGAGCCAGUAGCAUCCCCAGCCCCCCUUGGUCUUUCCAGAGAAGCAAGUCCUUGUUCUGUUUGCCCACGGGAGGCCCCUCCCCAGCCUCCGCAGCUGAACCGCAGUGGUUUUCAAACACAGGUGCCCCAGGGCACAGGGCAGCGGAGCGGAGGCAUGGCCACCUCCUCUCCAUAGAUGACUUAGAGGGGGCCCAAGAGACAGAUGUAGACACGGGCCUGCGGCUGUCCUCCUCAGACCUGUCUGUGGUCUCUGCAUAUUCUGCCCCCAGUAGGUUCUGCAGCACAGUGGAAACACCCCUCCCCUCCGAAAGAUGCAGCAGCCGCUGGACCGCACACAAGGAUUCCAGAGAGGGACCACUGCCCGCAGUCAGCGGGGUGACCGCAGACGCCUCCUGGCCUUCCCUCCCUUUCUCCACCAAAGGGUCUUCCAGCUCCUCGGCGACAGCUGGUGCUGCCCCUCCAUCUCCCAGCACCUCCUCCCGGCAGCCCCCUUCUGAUGCUCCCAAGGUGGAGCGGACUGGCAGAGACAUGCCACUAGCCCCUGGGUCGGCUGGUCCUGGGGACAAUGACAUGGAGGAAUUCUACAUCUGAACACCCUUUCUGCUCCUCUUCUCCAAACUCACAAACUCAGACCAGACACACCAGUGUUCCUAAUUACCUGUUUCACGAGGAUCGUUAACACAUUUGCCUACCACCCAGUCUUAGCUGAGAUGGGGUGUGUUUCUAGGAACCAGUGGGAAAAUACCGGCAUUUUUGUGCAAAUAAAUUCUCAACAAACUUAAGUUAUAAAAUAUAUUUUUUGAGUAUUCAGCAUUUGAGAUAUGGUUUAGUGGGCUUAUACAAUGUAAAUGCUUCAUAUAAUUACUUGAAAUGAAAAGAAAACCUAGUCAGCCAGAGCCUAUUUGGCAAUUUUUCAUGGUGUGAAGGAAAAACAAGGCCAAAAUGU